UUGAUGACAUCGGAUUUGGCAGUAACCGACUCGUGCGGUGAGGGCAAAGGUAUAUACGGCUGUAUAAAUACAAGUUCAUUUCUAUUCCUUGCCGACCCAUUCGAUAUGAAUAUCUCGGUACAGAGCUGAAUACCAACACUUAGUGCACACGAGAGUAUGUGAUUAUGGAUUUCGGUAUCCGUUUGUGCAUUGUUUGAAUUCAAACUUGGACUAAGACCGAGACAAAAUCUUUCUAAGGUGAUGUGAAUGAACUAGUGAAUAUUCUCAAUACCAUUACAUCAAUCGAAGGGGUACACCAUGCAAAAGGAUUUCCUACAUGGACGUAACACAAAUUCUUUCCUGAAGCAAUAUAAAACACACGAGAGAUGGCGAAGAAUUCCGAAGAGCUCGCGAUGCACUACCGAGAACUCACGAAAGCCCGACCGGUUAGCGGAGAUCCUCAGAAGGUUGUAGAGAGGUACGACGAAUUGGCUGCAACUUAUGACGAGCAUUCAAAGUUCGUCGGUUAUUCGGCGCCAGCCGGAGCUUGCCGAAGGGUAUGCGAAGUACUGACGAGCAAGGACUCUUUAAUUCUAGAUGUUGGAUGCGGCACUGGAAUGCUUGGUGAAUUGCUUAACAAGGAAGGUUAUAGCAACCUCUACGGCCUGGACCCAUCGGAAAGGUCGUGUGACGUAGCAAGGUCAAAGGGUUGCUAUGCGACCGUCAUUCAGGGCGUGGCAAGACCAGAUUCCCCUCUAAGUUUUAACGAUGAUCUUCUUACAGGCCAUUUUGACGCACUAGUAAGCAGUGGAACAUUUCAACCAGGUCAUUGUGAUCAAAACGAUAUCCCUGAACUGAUACGUCUUUUAAGACCAGGUGGAUUCAUGGUGAUAUCGACCCGGAAGGCGUCCCUGAACGAGACAGACAGCUACCGGGUCAAGAGCACGCUGAAACAUUACGUGGACACCGGAGUCUUGCAAGAAUUUUCCUACCAGGAAUUCGACGAUUACUUUGGAUUUGCUACCGAGGAUGUGACAGGAAUAGUCCUGACUUACAAAAAGAACUAAUGGUAAACCAUAUAGUGGACUCCAGUAACCAUGGUAACCAUGACAAGUGAACUUUUAACGCACCUAUUUCUUAUUAUUCUAAUUAAUAAGGUCCGUUCAGCGGUAUUUCAAGGGAAGAGCAAUAAAUCAACGUUUAUUCUGACACAUUAGGCCUACACUCUAGAAACACUGAGUAAAAAUUGUAGCCAAUAUUGGGUAGAAAGAGAACAUGCGUGUUUG